UGAUUCCCAGUCUAUUAAUAGAGUCGUCAAUUCAAACUCACAGUUAAUCAGCUAUAAGGUGGGCAGAGGACUUUCAGGCUAAGCAUACCUUAUGAGCAGAGAUGACGAAGGAGAGCAUUGGAGACCCAACAGGAGGCCAAAUGAAUACUAGUUCAAGGUCAAAGAGGCAAUCCCGGCGAUUGAGGCAGCGCAGGAAGUGUCCAAUGUGCCUCUAUGACGGGACGUCGAUUGCAGCCGCUCACCCAGACGCGGUGCGAGGCGCCGCCGGAAGGGGUGGAGCGGAUCGAAUAUGGUAAAAGAGAGCCCGAGCUUCGCGCCUGGGUCUGGAGGAGGUCUCGCGAAAGCCGCCUCGAGCGCGCUCCGCGGCUGCUGGUCCCAGUAUGGUUGAUGAUGCUGGUGCCGCUGAGUCCCAGCGGGGCAAACAGACUCCGGCCCACUCCCUGGAGCAGCUGCGUAGGUUACCACUUCCGCCGCCACAGAUUCGCAUCCGGCCCUGGUGGUUUCCGGUGCAGGAACUGAGAGACCCUUUGGUGUUCUACCUAGAGGCAUGGCUGGCAGACGAGCUCUUUGGCCCAGACCGAGCCAUAAUUCCAGAAAUGGAGUGGACGAGCCAGGCCCUGCUGACAGUGGACAUAGUGGACUCAGGGAACCUAGUCGAAAUCACCGUUUUCGGGCGGCCCCGUGUACAGAAUCGGGUGAAGAGCAUGCUCCUGUGCCUGGCAUGGUUUCACCGGGAACACCGUGCCCGAGCUGAGAAGAUGAAACACCUUGAGAAGAACUUGAAGGCCCAUGCAUCAGACCCCCACUCUCCCCAGGAUCCUGUUGCUUAAGACAACAUAGUUACUGUUGGGAACAUCUUAACUUUCUAACUUUGGCUGCUAAAGUUGAAGAGAAGCAAGUAUAGCAUUCCUAAAUCCCUGUAUUCCUUUUUCCUGUGUCUUGAUGGAAUGUGGUUUAUUUUGUUGCAAGAGUGAGUUUAAACUGUUCUAAUAAAGAAAUGGCUAUUUUGCCAAAAGCAUUAAGAUCUUCACACACUUAUAAUAAAGCAAAUUUAUAAAA